UUGGGGCCUCACCGUGGGUCUUGUCGUGUUGAUGUUGGAUUUGGUCUGUUCAGGAUUGUCUUCUCGACUAAGCCUGAUCGUGACCGGGCUCUGGAAAAGCAGCCCUGGCCAUUCCGGAAGUACUUGCUCAACCUUCAGGCGUGGGUAGCCCCGACCCAAGCGAUGUACGAUCGAAUGGCCUCAAUGGCAUUCUGGGUUCAACUCAGGGGCGUCCCUCAUGACUAUUCCACUAUUUACUUCGGUCGGGAACUGCUGCAGCAACUGGGGGAGGUUUUGGACAUUGGCCUCUUUGGCUCGCGUACUUCUACUGGUUAUUUCCUCAAAGUCAAGUUAAUUCUGGACGUCACUAUCCCCUUCCGCGGGCGUCUGAUGGCUGAAUCAGGGGAUUCUUGUUCUCAGGGGAUUCUAGCCGGUUCUGGGUGUAUCUAUGUUAUGAACGGCUCCCACCGUGUUGGGUCUCCCUGCUACGGGGGUUGGAUCCUCUAUCCCGCGGUCUCCCAGUUCGGUCGGCUCUACCUCGCCACCGUGCGUUCCGAAGGCGGAACACAUAACCCGCCGGCUUCUCGCGGCAAGCAGCUUCUCCUUGAGUAUCCGCCAUCUCCACCUACUAAAUAUGUAUGUGCCCUGCGCAUUGGAAUAUCUGAGGACGACCUGCUUGUGGAUCGGAAACGUCUGGUUGUUGAUAUGGAAUCUGAGGGUUCGCCGACUGGUCCGCUUGCUCCGGCAGACAAAAAGACGCGCCGCUCCUUGGCAUUCUCGGCGGAUGUUGAUGCUGCUUGA